CUUCAAAAAGAACACCACAAACUUCAAAACCUCCACAGAUAAACUCAACAACCACAACCCAACCCAACACAACAGGCAGCAAACCCACAAGCGCAGUCCAGUGAGUUACUCAGUCCCUCCAAUGGCGGCGGCGGUCUCAAUGUCCCUAGCGUCUCAACUCUCCGGAACCCCACACUCCCCUCCGCAAUUCUCGGGGCUCCGCCGAUCGUGCUCCAAGCUCGACAGCUCUCACUCUCAGCUCUCCUUUGUCCAACACGUCAAUUCCCAGCUCAGAGUCUCCUCCUCUCGCAAACCGGGUCGGGCUGUAGCAACCAUGGCCGGCACCGGAACGUUCUUCGUUGGUGGGAACUGGAAAUGUAAUGGGACAAAAGAAUCUAUCAGUAAGCUUGUUUCAGACUUGAACAGCGCAGAAUUGGAGGCUGAUGUUGAUGUAGUUGUAGCUCCUCCUUUUCUUUACAUCGAUCAGGUGAAGAAUGCAUUAACAGAUCGAAUUCAGAUAUCUGCGCAAAACUCUUGGGUUGGAAAGGGCGGGGCUUUCACCGGAGAAAUCAGUGUGGAACAAUUGAAAGAUAUUGGCUGCAAAUGGGUUAUCCUUGGGCAUUCUGAGAGAAGACAUGCUAUUGGUGAAAAGGACGAGUUUAUAGGAAAGAAAGCUGCUUAUGCCUUGAGCAAUGGCCUUGGUGUGAUAGCAUGCAUUGGGGAAUUGUUAGAACAAAGAGAAGCAGGAAAAACAUUUGAUGUCUGUUUUGAGCAAUUGAAGGCUUUUGCAGAUACUGUUCCCAGUUGGGAUAAUGUCGUUAUUGCGUAUGAGCCUGUGUGGGCAAUUGGGACUGGUAGAGUGGCUACACCAGCGCAAGCUCAGGAAGUGCAUGUUGCUGUUCGAGAUUGGCUUAAAAAGAAUGUCUCCUCCGAAGUUGCUUCUAAAAUACGUAUCAUUUAUGGAGGGUCCGUAAAUGGAAGCAAUUCCGCGGAGCUUGCAAAGCAAGAAGACAUUGAUGGCUUUCUAGUUGGUGGUGCUUCCCUGAAGGGUCCUGAAUUUGCCACCAUUGUCAAUUCUGUAUUAUCCAAGAAAGUUGCUGCGUGAUUAAAUUGUAUGAAGUUCUUUUGGGGAGAAAAUGGCUAAUAACAACAGUUGUUACAUGAUGAUGUGAAGUACUUUUGAGGGCAGGAAGAAAUAACAAUCAGAAGCUGUUGCAAAUCGAAGUCUGUUGUAUUUAACAAAUGAGCUAGUUUAUUCAAUGGAGUUUUGUUUACCUCGUCCGAGUUUUUUCCCGGGCUACUUCCGUUUUAUUGGUUAGAGAAAUAUACAAGUCCUGUCUUCCUCUAUGUGUUAAUGCUAUUUUUUGCUGCAUUUUCUAUUGAUUGACAUUGAUUUAGAGUAUGCAGUGCGUGAUCUUUCA